CGCCCGGCGGCCCCGCGCAGUGCCCUCCGCGGGCCCGGCACUAGGCGGGCCGGAGGAUGAGCCAGCAGCCGGCGGGGAAGAUGUCGGCGGCUCCCCUGGCGGCCGAGGCGCCGGAGCCGGCGGCGGGGAUGCUCGAGGGCCGCCAGAGGAAGCUGGAGUCCAUGAUCCGCGACCCGCGCUCCCCGGUCAACGUGGAGAGCCUUCUGGACGGCUUGAAUUCUUUGGUCCUUGAUCUGGAUUAUCCAGCACUGAGGAAGAACAAGAACAUUGAUAAUUUCUUAAAUAGAUAUGAGAAGAUUGUGGAAAAAAUCCGAGCUUUACAAAUGAAAGCUGAAGACUAUGAUGUUGUGAAGGUGAUUGGAAGAGGGGCUUUUGGAGAAGUGCAGCUGGUUCGCCAUAAAAUGACACAGAAAGUUUAUGCAAUGAAGCUACUUAGUAAAUUUGAAAUGAUCAAGAGAUCAGAUUCAGCCUUUUUCUGGGAAGAAAGAGAUAUCAUGGCCUUCGCCAACAGUCCGUGGGUGGUUCAGCUAUUUUGUGCCUUUCAAGAUGACAAGUACUUGUACAUGGUAAUGGAAUACAUGCCAGGUGGAGAUCUUGUAAACCUUAUGAGCAAUUACGAUGUGCCUGAGAAAUGGGCCAAGUUCUACACAGCCGAAGUUGUUCUUGCUCUUGAUGCAAUUCACUCCAUGGGCUUGAUACACAGAGAUGUGAAGCCUGACAAUAUGCUUUUAGAUAAACAUGGGCAUCUGAAGCUGGCAGAUUUUGGCACCUGCAUGAAAAUGGAUGAAACAGGAAUGGUGCGCUGUGACACAGCCGUGGGAACCCCCGACUACAUAUCGCCUGAAGUUCUGAAGUCACAGGGGGGUGAUGGUUACUAUGGACGGGAAUGUGACUGGUGGUCUGUAGGGGUGUUCCUUUUUGAGAUGUUAGUUGGCGAUACUCCUUUUUAUGCAGACUCACUAGUAGGAACAUACAGUAAAAUUAUGGAUCAUAAGAACUCAUUACAUUUCCCAGAUGACGUGGAAAUCUCUAAGCAUGCGAAGAACCUUAUCUGUGCCUUUUUAACUGAUAGGGAUGUGCGACUUGGGAGAAAUGGGGUAGAAGAAAUAAAGCAUCACCCUUUCUUCAAAAGCGAUCAGUGGAACUGGGACAACAUUCGAGAGACUGCUGCUCCUGUUGUUCCUGAGCUCAGCAGUGAUAUAGAUAGCAGUAAUUUUGAUGACAUUGAGGACGACAAGGGAGACGUGGAAACCUUUCCAAUCCCCAAAGCCUUCGUGGGAAACCAGCUGCCUUUCAUAGGAUUUACCUACUAUAGAGACAAUUUGUUGCUAAGUGACUCCUCUCAGUCUUGCAGAGAAAAUGAAUCUGUGCAAUCUAGUAAAAAUGAGAAAAGGCUAUCCCAAAAAAUCUGCUGCAGUGGACAGUCUCUGGCUACAGAGAACAGCAAAGGGCCGUUUCAGAAAAAACUAAGCAAGCUAGAAGAACAGCUCAGUAAUGAAUUGCAAGCCAAAGAUGAACUAGAACAGAAGUACAGGUCUACAAGUACUCGUUUAGAGAAGAUACUGAAAGAGCUCGAUGAAGAGAUAACUUCAAGGAAGAAUGUAGAGUCUGCAGUCAGGCAGUUAGAGAGAGAGAAGGCUCUUCUUCAGCAUAAGAAUACAGAAUACCAGAGAAAAGCAGAACAUGAAGCAGAUAAGAAACGCAAUUUGGAAAAUGAGGUUAACAGUUUGAAAGACCAGCUUGAAGAUUUAAAAAAGAGGAAUCAGAACUCUCAAAUAUCUAAUGAGAAAAUCAAUCAACUACAAAGACAGUUGGAUGAAGCCAAUUCUUUGCUGCGGUCAGAGUCUGAUACUGCAGCCAGGUUAAGGAAGAACCAGACAGAAAGCACAAAGCAAAUCCAGCAGCUGGAAACUAAUAAUAGAGAACUACAAGAUAAGAACUGCCUGCUAGAGAAUGCGAAACUCAAACUGGAGAAGGAGUAUCUCAAUCUUCAGUCAGCUCUAGAAUCAGAAAGGAGAGAUCGAAGUCAUGGAUCAGAGAUUAUCAGUGAUUUACAAGGUCGAAUAUCUAGCCUUGAAGAAGAAGUGAAAAACGGAAAGAGUGCGUUAGCCAAACUGGAAAUGGAGAAAAGACAAUUGCAGGAAAAGCUCACAGAUUUAGAAAAGGAAAAGAGCAACAUGGAAAUAGAUAUGACAUAUAAAUUUAAAGUUAUGCAGCAGAACCUUGAACAAGAAGAAGCUGAACAUAAAGCCACAAAAGCACGAUUAGCAGACAAAAACAAGAUCUAUGAAUCUAUAGAGGAAGCAAAAUCUGAAGCCAUGAAAGAAAUGGAGAAGAAACUUUUGGAAGAGAGAGCUUUAAAGCAAAAAGUAGAAAAUCGGUUGUUGGAAGCUGAAAAGCAGCGCUCCAUGUUGGACUGUGAUCUCAAACAAUCACAACAGAAAAUCAAUGAGCUCCUUAUGCAAAAGGAUAUACUAAAUGAAGAUGUAAAAAACUUGACAUUAAAAAUAGAGCAAGAAACACAAAAGCGCUGUCUCACUCAAAAUGACCUCAAGAUGCAAACGCAGCAGGUCAACACCUUGAAAAUGUCAGAGAAGCAGUUAAAACAGGAGAAUAACCAUCUUCAGGAAAUCAAAUUAAGUCUGGAAAAACAAAACAAUGAACUCCGCAAGGAACGUCAAGAUGCAGAUGGACAAAUGAAAGAGCUUCAAGACCAACUCGAAGCUGAACAGUAUUUCUCGACUUUGUAUAAGACACAAGUUCGAGAACUUAAAGAAGAAUGUGAGGAAAAGACCAAAAUUUGUAAAGAAAUGCAGCAAAAGAUACAAGAGUUACAGGAUGAGAGAGAUUCCUUGGCUGCUCAGCUAGAGAUUACUUUAACAAAAGCAGAUUCAGAACAACUUGCCCGUUCCAUUGCUGAAGAGCAGUACUCUGAUUUGGAAAAAGAGAAGAUUAUGAAAGAGCUGGAGAUUAAAGAGAUGAUGGCAAGGCAUAAACAGGAACUUACUGAGAAAGAUGCCACCAUAGCCUCGUUGGAGGAAGCAAAUAGGACACUAACCAGUGAUGUGGCUAAUCUUGCUAAUGAGAAAGAAGAACUAAACAAUAAACUGAAGGAAGUACAAGAACAAAUUACAAAACUAAAAGAAGAAGAAGCAAAUAUAGGAAAUAUUAAAGCACAAUUUGAGAAACAGUUGUUGACUGAAAGAACAUUAAAAACCCAGGCUGUGAAUAAAUUGGCUGAGAUCAUGAAUCGGAAGGGUCCAGUCAAACGUGGAUCUGACACUGAUGUACGGCGGAAGGAAAAGGAAAAUAGGAAGCUGCAUAUGGAACUGAAAUCUGAACGAGAAAAGUUAACCCAAAUGAUGAUCAAAUAUCAGAAAGAAAUAAAUGAAAUGCAGGCACAAAUUGCAGAAGAGAGUCAGAUCCGGAUUGAACUGCAGAUGACUCUGGACAGCAAGGACAGUGACAUUGAACAGCUUCGUUCCCAGCUGCAGUCCCUGCACAUCGGGCUGGACAACAGCAGCAUUGGCAGUGGGCCUGGAGAUGCUGAGGCAGAUGAUGGAUUCCCUGAAUCAAGAUUGGAAGGCUGGCUAUCACUGCCUGUUAGAAAUAACACUAAAAAAUUUGGAUGGGUUAAAAAGUAUGUAAUUGUAAGCAGUAAGAAGAUCCUGUUCUAUGACAGCGAACAAGAUAAAGAACAAUCUAAUCCCUAUAUGGUAUUGGAUAUAGACAAACUCUUCCAUGUCCGACCAGUCACUCAGACUGAUGUGUACAGAGCAGAUUCCAAGGAGAUUCCAAGGAUAUUCCAGAUUCUAUAUGCUAAUGAAGGAGAGAGCAAAAAGGAACAGGAAUUUCCUGUGGAGCCCAUGGGAGAGAAGUCAAAUUACAUUUGUCACAAAGGACAUGAGUUUAUACCUACUCUUUACCACUUUCCAACCAAUUGUGAAGCUUGUAUGAAGCCACUGUGGCAUAUGUUUAAACCUCCUCCUGCUCUGGAAUGUCGCCGCUGCCACAUCAAAUGUCACAAAGAUCACAUGGAUAAAAAAGAAGAGAUUAUAGCGCCUUGCAAAGUGUACUAUGAUAUUUCUACGGCAAAGAAUCUACUACUGUUAGCUAAUUCCACGGAAGAACAGCAAAAAUGGGUGAGCCGACUGGUGAAAAAAAUACCCAAGAAGCCUCCAGCACCAGACCCCUUUGCUCGAUCUUCUCCCAGAACUUCCAUGAAGGUACAGCCAAACCAGUCCAUCAGACGACCAAGUCGACAGCUUCCUCCAAACAAACCAAGAUUACUUGAUCUGGCAUUUAAGGACUGGGAUUGGUCAUUUGAUGAUGUUGAUGAUAUUGAUGGUGAUGAUGAUGACGAUGUUUUUGAUUUCUGAAGAAGUAUAAGGGCUAACUGCUUUCCGUGAAUGCAGACACGGUUCAAGGUGAUAAUUUUCUUCCCAUUACAGCAAGACUGAAACAUAUCCCAAAAUAUAUUAAAAAUAUAUAUUUUCUGAGAGAUUGUGCUAUAUAUAUCAGAGGUUUACAUUUUUGCUGCAAUAUAAAUUACUAAUCUCUGAGGGUUUUCCUGUAUUCUCCCAAGUGACUGAUCAAUUGAGGAAUGGUUGGCAAAUAGUAAAAGGAUAUGUUAGGUAACCUUUUAAACUCUGUUCCACAAAAGCUUUCUUGGCAAGACACAUACACUACAUUUCAUUAAAGGAUCGAGAGGAAUGAAUAUUAAAAUGGAAGAAACUGACUUCUCAGCUUUUGUAAAGAUGCCACCAGCACGUCUGCAAGUAGAACCGGAGGAAGAUCCACCAUAGUGAUAUAGACUGCAUCUGUAAGAAGUGACCAUUAUACUGUGUAUAUAUAUUGUACUGUAAUACUGCAAGAGGGUUUUAAAAAUCUUUCCACUUUAUUUUUUUAUGCUUAUUAAUCAGAUACCGUUACUUAUUGCAGUUGCAACUAUGCACUUGUAUAAAGCCAUACUGUUGAAGUUUAUAUCAUUCAUACACGUCUAUCAGAAGCUGCAUGUCAGUGUUCAGCAGCUAGUAUAGGUUUGAAGUAUAUACUAAUUUCAGCUAUACGUCAUCAUGGGCAGUCCUGUUUUACCUGUCUAAUUGCCUUAAUUUAAACUUUUUUCAAUUUUUUUUUGCCCAUUCUUUCUAUUUAAGGAAAAAGAAAGUUUACCGGCUCUUAGAAUGCAAUUUUGCUUUGUGGCAGAAAAAAUAGUGCACUAUUUUUACACCUAGUUAAGUAUAUCAAUGUCAGCCUAUUUUGAAUGUAUAUCGACUGGUUUUAAGGGUGGAGAAGUGUUGGUUACAGAAACAAUGUCGGAGAGCAUUGGAAUUACCAGACCAUUUGCUUGUACAUGUAACUGCUCAUCCAGCCCUUUUUACGAACCUCAAUACUAGUUAUUGACUUAUAUUAACCCUCAUUAAGUGCUAUGAAACUUCAUUUUGCCUUGUUUUUGCAUACUCUCCUAGAUGUGCUUUUUUUUUAUUUCUGGAAAGAAAAAGAAUCUGUGACUAUUUUUACAUUUCACAACACAAUAUCCAAGGACUGUCACAAACUUUAAGAAAAGUAAAACAUACUGUAGAUGUAUUUUAAAGUUUUAAUCUGGUUCUCUAGCACAUAGCUGUAGGCAUAGAUAAAUAUUUCAGUAGUGUGUUUUGAGAACUGAUAGCUGGGAAGAAAGGGCCUCAGAGGCACUUAAUCUGACUUCUUUUUUUUUAACUUGGAGUUGUACAAAAAAUAUAAUUUAUGUGGGCUCAUUCAUGAUGUGUUCAUAAUUAUCCCAGGAAAUGCAUGUUUUAUACAACUACAGUAUGCGAUGUUAAACAUAUUGACAGUAAAAAAUAUAGUCUCCUAUUUGGUCUCUUUAUAUAUAUAUAAAUAUAUAUAUAUUUAAAAUAUAUAUAUAUAUAAAAUAUUGUGUGGGAGUGCAGUAAUUUAAAAUAUGAUCUAACACUUCAAUGAAGGAGGACAUUUCACUUUAAAAUUUUGUUUGUUUUUGUUUUUUAAAGAGUGUUGAAAUGUUUGGAAGGAUAGGACCAUGGUUUAUUUAACACUAUCAUGAAAAGUGAACUUGGAAACACUGAAAUACUGAAAAUUAAAAAAUAUAUUUACAUUUUGUAACCUCUACUACAGUUCAGCUUAACAGAGCCAGAAUGUAUUCAGUCUUCUAUUUAUGCACUCACAAAGUAAAAUGUUGUUUGUGAGUUCUUAAAAUCGAAGCUAAAACUUUCAUAUCAUUUUUUAUUAGGUAUUCUAACCCAGCGCACAGCUACAGUGUUUUUUCCCUGCUUGUUUUGAUUUACAGAAGUACGGUAUAUUUUUAGGUAAUGCAGAUAUGCAUAGAGAACAACAUUAAAAAUGUAUACAGUAAAACUGUUUCCAUUCACUGAAUGCAUAAAUAUUUUAUAUAUAUAUAUAAAAAAAUGUUACAUUGUGGGAAGUUCUAUCCUUUUCUGAAUUGGAGAAUAUUAUAUAUAUAUUUUUAAAUAAACUAUUUGAGUAAGGUAAAAUAGUUCCUGAACUUGAGAAGCUGGUAAUUAAUUGAAUUUAAUUAUAGAGGCAACUACUGCGGCAGACAUGGGAAAGGCAAGGACAAAGCCUGUGUGAGGAGGGAGCACAGACUCCAGGGGAGCUGUUUGGCAGUUCCUCUGCUGCUGGGGCUGGAUCCAUUGCACUUUUCUCUCCCUGGCCUGCCCUCAUUUACUGUUAAUCCCUGGGGCCCUGUUAAGCCUGACAUUUCAGGAAAUGUACUAUAUUAUAGUAUUUACUGGCCCCAGUUUAUACAUUCUGUGCAUUUAUACAUUACAGCAGGCUGUACUGAGAUGGUGUCGUAGAGCAAUACAGGCUGAGAGAGAGCACUGGAGGUCCUGUGCUCUGACCUCUUCCUCAGAGCAGGGCUAACUUAGCACCGGUUCCUCAAGGCCAGUGGUAUGAUGUGUAUGAACCUUGAUUUGUACACAGGACACAAAAGGCAAAGCUGCUCCUCUGUUCUUCUCACUUGUCCUGCUGUGAAAUGCAAAGAACUCUUAAAUGCCAAUUCCUGGAGAUUGUGUUGUUUCCUUAUUGUCCAGUGGUGACCUUUUAACAUUUUUGAGAGAAGGGUAUAUUCAUGAACUAAAGCAUAUUUGUCUUGAAAGCCACAGAUGUUUAAACACUUUCAUUUUGUAACAGGGUUGUCCCAGCAAAUGUCCUGUUGUCCCAGGACGUUUUUAUGGCCUGAAUGAUUUAUCUAUAGAAAAUUCUCUCACUGCAAGUCCUUUUGUUUCACAAGAGUAAACAAGUAGUAUAGCCAAGCUGCAGAUUAACCUUCUGGAAAAAUCAGGGAUCAAACUUGGAUCCAGAAGCUUCAGACACUUGUAGGGAAGUUGCUCUUUAGUUCCCAAUCCAGAAGCUCACCAGCAGAGAAGCUGGACAGGAAGACCCCGUUGGAGUUACUGUGUCAGUUGUCAGAAAGACCUUUCUGCAAGGAGAUUUCCACUUCUGUCGUAGUUGUGUGCUGCAAAUCCCUACUUCUAGUGGUUCCUGCCAAAGCGCAGCCCCUCCCAGCGCUGCCAGCAAUCCAGCACCACGUCUGCUUUUACUAGAGGAAAGCUGUGGUUCUUGUGCUUCUGAGCAUGGUUGAUGCUGUAACCAAAAUGUGACACAGACUCACAUACCACAUAGGACUUGGAAACAUGCAAGAGGCCCAUGGAUCUCGGCACUCAGUGACCGGGGCCGGAUUAAAAACAUCACUGAAAUUCCACUGCAAGUGUCCAGAUCUCUUACUACCUCUUGAUGGCACUGAACCUCCUACAUUUUGACAGGCAUUCAGUGGCUCUCUGAAGGCACCAAGGCCAGGAAAGCUGCCAGUGAAAUUGUAUGCUUUUUCUCUUUAGUUUCUCAGGCAAUGUCAAGUGAUCAUGAGAAAUUUGAGCAUUUGUGUUUGUAAUCUUAUAAUCUAUUAGUUUCCCAUCUAGCUUUGAGAGAAUCAUCCUUGGAAGAGGAUUUAUAUAUUUUGGUCUCAAGUGCCUUUACCCAUCCUAUGCUUGUGAGGUGAUAUUUAGGAUGCUGCUGUGAAAAGGGGGAAUGUAUAUGAAAACAAACUUCUUACCUGCAUUGCUCUUACAAACUCUUACUGUCUCCUAAUCCUGUUUCUGAGGCAGGUGAACAUAACAGUACAUGGUCUGCUUCAGUGAACUUGAGUAUUUCAGUCUCUUUCACAUUCCUGGAUAGUUUGCCUUAGCAUUGAUGUUAAAGUAAGAAUUAAUUUAUUUUAUCAUAGAAUCAGAGACUAUCUCAAGUUGGAAGGGACCCAUAAGGAUCAUGGAGUCCAACUUCCUGCUCUUCACAGGACAACCUAAAACUAAAUCAUAUGACUAACAGCAUCAUCCAGAGACUCCUUGAACUCUGACAGGCUUGCUGCCUUUUCAGUGCAUUACAGUUUUUAUGGACUGUCAUCUCUGCACAUAGUACACUUUAAAUUGAAAAAAUUAUUUGUUAUUUUUAAGAUUAGCUUCUGAACCACUUAGGGUUUUAUCAGCAUCCCAAGGAUCAUGCAGUUUUUCCUACUGCUUAGUAGUAUCCUUCAUAAGAGUGGGAAGGAGUCUUCUUUUGGAUCUCUGUAAAAGAUGUUGAUGGAGUGGUUCUGAAACUAGUUUGUGUUCUUGGUUGAAGUUGCCUGUCAAGUGGACAGGAAUAUACUCAGACAUUCUCAUCUGAGAAAUGAGAUGAGUCUAUUGAGAUAUAUGUGGCUGAAAAGAGCACCGUGGCUUAACACAUCGAGCCUAAUUGUCCCCAGAAACUACUGUAGUAAAUGGAAAAUCUCACACUAAAACCACAGCUCCAAGAAGUGAGGAUGCAGAGGAACUGUAAUUUAUUGGCACAGGGAUGCUGAUUACCAGGCCUUGUUAAUGAAGAUUGGCGUUUGGAGUCUUUGCUCCUUUGUAGGAAGGAAGCAUUGUUUUAUAAAGGUAAGAAAGACACGUUACUGCUUGCUAAUGGAAGGGUGAAGCCUUGGAUUUGACUGCAGCUGGUUUUGCUCCAAUAAUCUUAACAGAAGCUCCAGGAUAAAAGUGAUCUUUCAAAAGGAAAGUCACAGUGAAAGGUAGCAAAAUUUCAAAGUUAUAAAUGUACGUAGUUCCACAUACUUUAAAGAAAUCUGGAAACACAAUGUCGCCCUGAAAAGAAAGAGCAGAGAGAACAGUAAUUUCAUUUGUUGGAGGAGCUACAUAGAAAUGCUUUCACAGACAAGACAACCGCAUGUGAUGCUUUGGUCUAUUGCCCCAUUUUGAGGUCGAGGCCUUCGGUGUUUGUUCAGAUGUGAACCUGUUUGUAUGUAUACUCUUACACUGUGUACCAGUGGGCCUCGUAGGUCAUCUAGUCCUUGUCAUUUGUCAUUGCUCUUUGGGGUGUUUUUUGCCCAGGAUGCUAUUGCAGCACUGGGUAAGCAUGGCCACCCAAUAAGAAGUACAUCAGGCUUGUGAGAUCACUGCCAAUCCUCUUCCUUUGGGUCACCAACUGCUAAGACUUCAGGCACUGAAUUGCCUUGGAUAUGUGCUACUUUUUAUUAACAAGCGAACUGGUGGAAAUGUUUUUUGGAGGUAUCUGAGAUAUUAAAUAACUUUUUUGAGGCUGAAGGAGCCAGGAGUCCCACUGUCUGAGCCCUGUUUCGUAUCUGCUUGCCCUGGUGGUGUCUCUUGCCUCAGCUGUGUUCCACUUUCCAAUAGGCUCUCAAAGCAGACCUUGCACAUGGGUGCAGGUCUGGCUGCAGCUUCAGGACUUGCAUUUAUUUGCUGGAUCCCAUGGCCUCAUGUGUCUGCAUGAUGGCCAGCAUAUUACAAUCCUUAUGUCCUGGGAGCCAACAGAUUCAGUAGGAUCUGUGUAGCCAUUACCCCCCUCUGGAGUGAUGGAAGGGCUAGAUAAAUAUAACAAGGAGGCUCCCCUGCAUGCUUCAUAUCCUGUUCAGAGCUACAGCAAUGGGAGUUGUAUUACUGGAAGAUGGGCAAACAUGCAAGCUUAAAAAAAAACAACAAAGCUGAGAGAGGAAAGUAUCCUUGAGCUCAGAGUCCAUGAGGACUGAAAGUUGUGCCAACAGUGCAUAUCAUGGAAAAAAAAUUUAAAUCUCACAAGAUAAAUCACUCUCUUGAAAGUCAGACCAAUGGAAUCUGUAUUUAGUCAGUUGCUCAAAGGUGAAAGAAUUUCUUUACAGUAAUUGGGUACUUAAAAUAUGCUUUAUAUGAGCUCAAUUUGUGCUUCAUUAGUGUCAUGAUUUACAUGACAGAGAGGACGCUGAGGCAUAGGAUGUGUAUUCUUCCGUUUAUGAUUUUCAUAUAAUAUGAGUCAGGUCAGCAUCUUGGUAUUGCUGGCCAGAGCCUCCAAAUUCCAAAGCAGAAUUCCUGUACAUCGCAGAGCAGGCAUAUGCACCGAUGACUUGCAAUUACAAUAAGGUGGUAAGUAGAAUUGAUUUUCAGCAUGGAGCCACGUUGCUAUUCAGUUUAAAUCAGAAUUAUCAUUAGCUAACUUCUCUUGUCACAUUUUAGGCUGGUGCAGGUUCUGUUCUUUACAUCACUUUCCAGAAUACUUGACAGAUAAAACAAGAUGUCUGUCCACUUAACGUUCCCUCCCUGUGAGUUGGUGAUAGCACAUAAUGCACAGAAGUACUUGUUUAGGCUACUGACAAUUUAAGACAGUUAGGAGCUGAAAUAAUGAAACAAAACAGGGUGUUAACAAAAUUGUGACAGGUAUUUAAAUUGUCUUUCAGGUAUCCCCAAUUAAAUUUUAUCACAAGUAUCAUUUAAAAAGCCUCUUGUUUUACCCCUGGUCCAAAGCUGGGUUAUUUUUCAAGACAGAGAUGGUGUUUGCCCCAAACCACUUCCAGUGUAGAAUGGAAUAGCUGACAUCUUUAACUUGAAAAUAUCUGUAUGUCUAUCUUGCCAUCAGGUAGGAAAUACCUGAGGUCCAUCAGGACUCAGGUCUCUUGAGACUGCCAAGGUCUUGCAAUUGGAUCCAUCUCAAGUGAUGAGCUGUCACAUUCUUAGGUGAUGUUUACUGUGGUUCCCAGACACCUGUUUGACCUCAACAGCUAUCAUCUCCAAGAACUCUGAAGCAUCCUGGAGAACUCUGGCUCAAAAUCAAGCAUAUUAAAAUUCAGUACAAAUCAAGAACUUAAUAACAUCUUAUUUUAAGAUUUUUUUUCAGCUUUCUCACCUUCCAAACUGAGACAUCCUCAAAGCAUUAUUAUUGAUGAAGGCAACAUUUUAUGUUCUGCUUAAUACAUAAAUAUGAAUUCCAAGUAUCGAAGAAUUUGGUAGGGAGUGGAACAAACCAGCCUGAAGAGAAUUUGGAGGGGAGUAAUUAUUAUUUAUCAUCGGAGAAAAUACAUGGCUGGCAAACUACCUCAUUUGAGUUGAUCUCCACAUCUGUGUAGCUUUUCAUUUAUAAUAGUUCCUCCUGUGGGCUCUCUGGGGUUAAUUCCUCCCCCCCCCGCCUUACAUAUGUCCCUAAAUAGAUAACGAUUGUUUGGUGGAGGAUACCUCAUUUAAAGAAGUGAAUGAAGCCAUUCUGCAAGUUCUAAGCUGAUUGGGACUGUUCAGCUAAUUGUGAAUUACUUCCUCCAGAGAGUCAAAAUACACUAAAAUCCACCUUCGGAGCUACAGUGGUUGGGAGCAUUGCUGCCUUCCCGUCCCACUCCUUUCUCUCCUCUUUUAAUAGAUUAGAUUAGCAGAGUCAGGAUAGGGAGCAGAUACGUGCACAGCAUAAGCCAGUGAGAGAGGCUUGGGGGUCAGGCAGGGACAAGGACUCCUGAGCAGUCCAAGCAACAGCAUCCUUUGCUGGAUUAGAGUAGCACAAAGAAACACAUCUUCGUGCAGUUUUACUCUGCACAAAAUGCCCUGUGUUAGGAAGGCCCAGAGGGUGGGGGAGAGGAUGGUUUUGCACGUGUGUUUGAUGUUCCUGUUCACUGAGGACAGUUCAGAAAAAGUAAACAAUGUGCAUCUUACACUGUUCACAUCCUCACUUUCAGGCAUGCAGCCUGCUGUCUCUGGAGUCACAUCCUCAUUCCUUCCUCUGGAUAGUAAAUCUGGUAAAUGUUUUUCUCUCUCAUACAGUUAAAGUGAGCUUGUAGCUUACCUGCUGCCAAAUGCCCAGUCACAGUUCAUCAAAUCCACAGCUGGAGAUGUUUGGAGUUGUUCAGUGGACUGUACUGGAAUUCAGAGCUUGUCUUUUCACAGGCAAGGAAACAAACUUUUUGAAAGCCCUGACAGGGCCCAGGUUUUGUCAGCCAGGACAGGACAGGCUGUGUUACCUUGUGAGCGUGUUGUGAACUGGUGCAAUUAGACACGGAGUGUGUAAUUCCACACUCACACAGCAUCUGUGAAUGGAGCUUUAUUACUUCCAGUCCUGUGAAUAAAAGUGGCUUACUGGCUUACACCCACUGCAAUAAAUCCAAGCAGCUUUCCCUGCCUGCCUUUGACUCACUCCUGCAUUAGGCAGCAACCAAUUUGUGUCCACCCCGAUACUGAUGAAUGACAAGUUUAACAAGAUUUAUCCUCCUUGUGUAUCUUGUCUAAAGCUGCUGCCUUUAAUCCAGCCACUGAGAAGAUUAUGCUUUACAUACUGGAAAACACAGGGUCAGUGCUUUCGUGGGGCUUGUCCAGAACUGGAAUGUAUGUCUGCUUAUGAAAGUGAAGGAAAUUACUCUCUGGGAGGAAAAAAAAAGUGUGUAAAACUAUUAACUGCUACUGUCUGAUUUGUUCCGUAUCUCUUGCAACUUAAAUGAGAACUCAUGGUCCAGCUUUCCAAGUCCACAAAAUUACUUUACCUUAGCUCGUGAAUUACCCAGCUUUGUUUCUUUUCCUCAGUCUUUUUUUUCACACAGGCUUCUAAGGAGAUUUAUUCAAAAUAUGUUACGUAUCCUAUUAAGAACUUUCUUAAAUGCGUUUUCAGCAUUUUAUGAUGAAAAAAACCAAAUUAAGGUGCUGAUUCUCAAACCAAAAAUGCAGCAGCUUCACUUUGCUGCAGCAUCACUCAGGAGUAUGAAACAUGUCAAUAACAGAGGGGGUUUGAACUCCAUCCAAAUCUUUCUCUAUCAAGAAGAGGCUUUAAUUUAAAAAAAAAUUAAGUGUGUUUCUUUUUUUCAUUUUAAGAUGCUGGAGCUCUUUAGCAUUUGACAGGUUAAUAUUCAGUCUGAUGCUUCAAAUAAUUAGGGUAAAAGCUGCCCAUUUAUGACCUGUAAUGAAUAUUUCAUUUUCUCUCCAUAUAUGAAAACAAUAAAAAAAUCAAAUGCAAUGAAAAUGAACUGUAAGAAUGACAUUAUCAAUCUUGAAGAAUAGCAUUUAUUAAUAUCACCUGAAAAAUGUACCACAUGCCACCUGCCACCAUUUAGACCACUUCAGAUACUUUAUACAGCUUUAGUAAAAUCAGUAACAGAAUGUUUACAGUUAAUCUCUCAACCAACAUAGAAAGAUUUAAAUAUUUUAUUAUAGCAGUAAAAAUGCUCAUCUUUGACUUGCCCUCAAUAAUGUGAGAUACCUGAAAUCUAGAUCCACAGACACACCUCUUCCCACCCCUUCCCAUUCUAAAAACAAAGUAGCUGUUUCUGAUGGUGAAAGUCCCAGUCUGAUUGCUGAAUGUUCACUGGUGGAAACAUCUGCUUUUGCACGUCCUGCUCCUCCCCAAGAGUCCCACAAUGUAGCACGUUGCAAAGAAAACCUGCCUCAAAUGUAGUCAAUGCAAUCUUCCCAUAGUUUUUAGGAGUGUUGGGAUCAAGGGUGCCUUGGUUUGUACAUGCCAAUGAACAGAAAACCGUAAGAAGUCUUUUGAAAUUAUGUAUCUUUUCGAGAAUGUAAUGAGAAAUGAAGGCAAGAUAUGUGAUUACUAAUGUAACUUUUGGUUUAGAAGGCAUUACUUCCAAAGGCAAAAUCCCAUUAAUAGUUCUCAAGAACACCCUUUUGCCCCUUUUUACUCUAAGUACUGCAAAUUGAUUAGAAUCUCUGAAGUAAAAAUUUAAGUGAAGUCUAUGUUCUUCAGUACACUUUAGCACAGACAGGCCAAAAACUAAUGAACCACAGAGCAGUAUCACCAAAAACUGACCAACCAUGGGAGAUGAGUCUGCUGAGAUGCAUCAAGGUGCACAUGUAGCCAGGUCACUGUCAGUAUGGAUUGUGUUUGGGGAUUCUGGAUAUCGGUUCAGGAACUUCUGCUGGAACACCAUUUUUAACUGUUGGUCAGUUUCAUUAAUUCCCAUACAUUCUAGUCUCUGAUGUUCCCAAAACAGUAUGUUCAGUGAAUGAGAGCUCAGGUUGGAAAAGAAGAAUUUAUAGUUGAGUUUCUGCUCUUAUCCAAUAAAAACUGAGUAUACUGAAGAAAGUGACCAAGGGUAUCCUGUAUCAGCUGUGUAAAUUGUACUAUUUAAGUGUUGCAUGUAAGUGUUACAAUCCCAACUGGAUUUGUGACUUAGUAAAAGACAUUUAGAACCUUAUUUUGGAUUGGGCCUUGACUCAGAUUUUCUUCAUCCUAAAAUACAGAUAGUUAAUGUCGAACUAACUGAGUUGCUUGCAAGACAAACAUCUGUUGUGGUUUUUCAGUCUUGCAGCAGAAAGACAAGUCGGUAUGUUGGUACAAAAUAGAUCAUGUAUAACUGAAGAAAACUGCUUAUAUAUAACCAGAAAGUACUGAAGUUAUAUAAGAAUAUAUAAACAUCUAAUUACAAAAUACGUUGUAGUAAAAAAAUCCAGAGAAAAUGUGAUAUUAGUGAAACUUGUCUGAAAUGACCAAUAAAAAUAUGCUGCUU